AUGGAGUCCACAUCUCAUCCACAGCCGUCAUCACCAGCGGUCACGAAUCCCAAGGAACACAGUUCUGGUACGCAACUGGACUCCUCCGUGGGAGCCCGACAGGAGACUUCUGGCGGUCGACAGGACUCUCAUCAAAGAGAUGGUCCACCUGCUUCCAACAGCGCACCCAACACAGAUGUAGUCUCUGAAGAAGCCAGAUAUUCAGAACUCUCUUCUGCUGGAGCUUCUGAAGCUUCUACCACACCUUCACCACGGGCCACCGUGGAUACAACUGCGUCUGAUGACACUCCUGGUAACUCAAACCCAGAAGGUGUGAAGAAUGCUGAUGUCAACGUGACUAAGAGUGGCGGUAAUACUGCAGACCAGAGCAACUAA